AUGGAGCGUCCAGUGCCAAAGGACGCCAACAUUGCCACGUUGCUUGCUUCAUGCUCCAUGGCUGGCGACGUGAAUGCUUUCUUGUCGGAGCGGUAUGACGAAGAACAGCUCCAUGACGAGGCUGAUGCUGUAAAUGACCUAGCGGAUGCGCCGCCGUCUGUAUGGGCCGAGCUUGAGGUCAUGAUCGCUGAGCCCCGCUGGCGGCGUCAGGGCCUUGCUCGCGAAGCUCUUCAAAUGCUCCUCUACUUCCUAACGGCUGACCCGACGCCUUGCGCUUCCUCAGAUACGCCCCACCGUUCCACUGCCUUGCCCAUCGCAAAAUCCCGGCUGUUUGCGCGUAUAUCUAUGUACAAUGCACCAUCGAUCGCACUAUUUGAGCAACUUGGGUUUGUCCGGGGAAAAGAAUAUACCGUGUUUGAAGAAGUCGAAUUGAGCGUGACGGAUGAGUCUCGUAUCCAGUGCACAAAGCCUCUGGCAGUGCUUGAAUGGCCCGAGCCCGGCGCCGUCUAG